UUAAAGACACACUUCGGUUAGAGUUGAAAAGGCAGCAGCAGAAUGUGGAAGAACGCAAGAACAUUAGGCAGAGGCAGUUUCGGGUUAGUCUCUUUAGCCAUAUCACAGCCAAACGAUGACUCAAAGCUCAAUCUUCCAUCUCUAAUGGCUGUGAAAUCCGCAGAAACUUUCCAGCACCAUUCACUACAGAAAGAAUCCAACUUGCUAACCGAACUCAACGACUGUCCCAACAUCCUUCGUUGCUACGGCAGCUUCAUCAGCAAUGACGACGACAACAACAGCGUCCCUCUCUACAACAUAAUCCUCGAAUAUGCUUCCGGUGGCAGUUUGGCCAAUCGUAUAAACACCUCACCCGGUGGAUUAUCAGAUUACAAAAUCAUAUGGUACACGAAAUCGAUAUUAAUAGGACUAAGUCACAUUCACAAAAAGGGCUAUGUUCACUGCGAUAUCAAGCCUCACAACAUCUUACUAGUGGGAGGACCGCUGCCAUUCGGUUUGAGGAGGAACAAGGUCGAGCAAGAAACUGUAAAAAUUGCGGAUUUUGGGCUGGCAGAGAAGGCGGGAAAGAAGCGAAAAAUCGAAGGUACUGCUAUGUAUAUGGCCCCGGAGUCUGUAGUGUACCGAGAAUAUGAGUCUUGGGCUGAUAUUUGGUCACUUGGAUGUACAGUUUUGGAAAUGAUUACUGGGGAACCAUGUUGGAAGUGCGAGCCGGGUACAGAGACUUGUGCUCUGCUGUUUAGGAUUGGUUUUACAGAACGAGUUCCGGAAGUGCCGAGUUGGGUUUCCAAGGAGGGGAAGGAUUUCUUAAGGAAGUGUUUGGUUAGAGAACCCAAAUCGCGGUGGACUGCUGAUAUGUUGUUAGGGCAUCCGUUUGUUUCUUCCAAGAUCAUAAUACCAGUUAGGGGAUUAAUGAAAAAAUAUUGAUUAUUCUUCUUUUUAUGAAGAAUUAUUGUACCGAUAUAUGUUAGUUAUUUAUUUAUUUAUUUAUUUUUUCUUUUCAAGUUGAUGCAUUUCGGUUAUUCAGCCAAA